GGCACCGCGAUCCCGAAGCGUCGCGGGCCAUGUGUAUUUCAUCAAACGGACUUGGGGUGCGUCGCGUCUCGCAGCCAUCAACGCGAUGUGCAGGGACAUUUCUGACUUGAGUGGAGGAAUGCGCGAAGGAAGCCCGGGCGAAACCGGCACCGGAGGAUCUUCUUGGCGCCAACACUAAUUGUCCUGAUUUAUGCCCCUUCUGACUAAGCUCAGCGUCUACAUCGGGAAUAAAAUGAAAGCGGGACCAAGCGGGGUAGAACCGCCGGGCCGCUGGUUCUGAUCCCUCGGAAUCAGAACAUCGUCCUGCAGCUUGAAGAAAGAAAGGAAUAGAAAUAGAAGAGAGGGGUUGAAAUCCCUCUGUAAAAGUUUAAGACGAGAAGUGGCAGGAGCAGCGGCGCGAGGAGGCGCCGAAAGCCGGCGAGCGGGGACCGGAGGGCUGGCGAGACCUCCGAGGGCUGCGCUUUCAUUAUUAAUAUCUCUGUAUUUUUGGAGGGAGAGGCACCUUUCUCAGCCUCUCUUCCUCUCCGCCCACCCCUUCUCCUCCCCCGCAUCUACCUGUCAAAGUCACUGAUCUUUUACAUUUCGGAAGAGGACGUCAACAGGAAGGAAUUCCCCCUCUGGGUGCGGGCUCCGAGAGGGGGCGACGCGCAGGAGCAGCCCCGGCCCGAGGCGAAGGAUACUGCUGCCAGAAGCACAGAAUGAUUGAUGGGAAGCAGACACUGGACUGUGAGACACUCGUCCUUCUGCUUUAGAUACUGAUAUCUCAGCGCUCUCGGCGCGCCUGAACCACCCUCGUGAGCCGUGAACACUGAGGAUCACUCAGGGUUAUCAGAUGCAUAAUGGGAGAGUCAUCACUUUGCUAAGCUAUCUGCUCCUGGACAUCUUUGGCCAAAACCAAACGAGACCUGAGUCUAAGAGAUACGUUCUAGGAUGAAGAAAAGGCCGCAAGGUGUUGAUGCCUAACCCACAAGUAUGUUAGGCUGCCACCAAAGUCAUCAGUAUUCCUGAGUAUACACAAUAUCUAAAUCCUUCCUAUUGGUUUUGGAAAUCUCAUCCUCUGUCUCUUUUUAAAAGUAUACAGACCUACCUACAUAAAGAGACACAUAUAUGUUCAUGUAAAAUAGACACAGAUUACAGAUAAGCCACGAAGACUACAACGAAUUUAGAGAUGUAUUUGUCAAGAUUCCUGUCCAUUCAUACCCUUUGGGUUACAGUGUCCUCGGUGAUGCAGCCCUACCCUUUGGUAUGGGGACAUUAUGAUGUGUGUAAAACUCAGAUUUACACAGAAGAAGGGAAAGUGUGGGAUUACAUGGCCUGUCAGCCAGAAUCCACGGACAUGACCAAAUAUCUGAAAGUGAAACUGGAUCCUCCCGAUAUUACCUGUGGAGACCCUCCUGAGUCAUUCUGUGCAAUGGGCAACCCCUACAUGUGCAAUAAUGAGUGUGACGCAAGUACCCCCGAGCUGGCACACCCCCCUGAGCUGAUGUUUGAUUUUGAAGGAAGACAUCCCUCCACGUUUUGGCAGUCUGCUACUUGGAAGGAAUACCCCAAGCCUCUCCAGGUUAACAUCACUCUAUCUUGGAGCAAAACCAUUGAGCUCACAGACAACAUAGUUAUUACUUUUGAAUCGGGGCGUCCAGACCAAAUGAUCCUGGAGAAGUCUCUUGAUUAUGGACGAACAUGGCAGCCCUAUCAGUAUUAUGCCACAGACUGCUUAGAUGCUUUUCACAUGGACCCGAAAUCCGUGAAGGAUUUAUCACAGCACACAGUCUUAGAAAUUAUUUGUACAGAAGAGUACUCCACAGGGUAUUCAACAAAUAGCAAAAUUAUCCACUUUGAAAUCAAAGAUAGGUUUGCAUUUUUUGCUGGACCUCGGCUACGGAAUAUGGCUUCUCUCUACGGCCAGCUGGAUACAACCAAGAAACUCAGAGAUUUCUUUACAGUCACAGACCUGAGGAUAAGGCUGCUGAGACCAGCCGUUGGGGAAAUAUUUGUAGAUGAGCUUCACUUGGCACGCUACUUUUACGCAAUCUCAGACAUAAAGGUGCGAGGAAGGUGCAAGUGUAACCUCCACGCCACUGUGUGUGUAUAUGACAACAGCAAACUGACAUGUGAAUGUGAGCACAACACUACAGGUCCAGACUGUGGGAAAUGCAAGAAGAACUAUCAGGGUCGGCCAUGGAGUCCAGGCUCGUAUCUCCCCAUCCCCAAAGGCACUGCAAAUACCUGUAUUCCCAGCAUUUCCAGUAUUGGUAAUCCUCCAAAGUUUAAUAGGAUAUGGCCGAAUAUUUCUUCCCUUGAGGUUUCUAACCCAAAACAAGUUGCUCCCAAAUUAGCUUUGUCAACAGUUUCUUCUGUUCAAGUUGCAAACCACAAGAGAGACUGUGAAUGCUUCGGCCACUCCAAUCGAUGCAGUUAUAUCGAUCUGCUAAAUACAGUCAUUUGCGUGAGCUGUAAACACAACACUAGAGGGCAGCACUGUGAGUUAUGCAGGCUGGGCUACUUCAGAAAUGCUUCUGCACAACUGGACGAUGAGAAUGUAUGCAUAGAGUGUUAUUGUAACCCUUUGGGCUCAAUCCAUGAUCGUUGUAAUGGCUCAGGAUUUUGUGAGUGUAAGACUGGAACGACAGGGCCUAAGUGUGAUGAGUGUCUGCCGGGAAAUUCCUGGCACUACGGCUGUCAACCGAACGUCUGCGACAAUGAGCUCCUGCACUGCCAGAACGGAGGGACGUGCCACAACAACGCGCGCUGCCUGUGCCCGGCCGCGUACACCGGCAUCCUCUGCGAGAAGCUGCGCUGCGAGGAGGCGGGCAGCUGCGGCUCCGACUCCGAGCACCGCACCCAGCCGUCCGACAGGCCUGUGCCGUGGGGAAGCAAACACAACUCAAGCAUUUGCUACCAACGUAGACAACACACUCACACCCACUCCAACACAGUGUACAAACUAAGAAAGGCCUAA